GAGACUCGAGCUGAAACAGAACGUGUUGUUUCGCCGCUGCUGCCUUUUCUCGCUGCGCGUUUAAAAGGCCGCGCGCCGUGCAGGCUGGAAAGCGAAAACGCGUGCAGUUUCCCCAGUUUCCCCUCCCCUCCAUGACUCCUGGCUCGCUUUCUGCACGGAGAAAGAGAAAAGAAAGGAAAAGCGACCCACUUUUUCAUUCACGCCGCUCGUAUGCGCGAAAAAUCUACCUCUUGAGUAAUACAGGAGUGAGGUCAGCGCAGCAUGACUCAACCUCGGAUAUGCAUGCAGUCAUUUCUGUACUAUUGCAUUACCCACCGGGCGCAUGGACCUAGCAGCCGCUGGUGCUGCGACCUCCUGGACGAGACGAGGCAGGGAAAGCAGAGAAGAAGCGAGUACGGUUGUCACCCAUGAAUGUGCGACGCAAGGCAAGCUCCAGGCGCCUCAGUUUCUGUUGAUAUCCUGGGAGUGGGAGAAGACUUGGUACAAAGCUAAUAGACAUGUUUGUGUGUCUGUCGUACUGUGAUACUGUGAUUUCAGCGAAUGGGAUGGUGCAGUUUUAUGGUUUAAAGCUAACUUCCAUUCCAACUAUGCUAAGCAGAUUUGGAUGACCAGAGACUCUUUAAAACUCGUUGAUACAUUUGUGAGUAAAGAGGGACACAGACAUUUCUUCCCGCUGGAGAGAGCUCUGUGUGGUUUGGGGAUCUGAACUCUUCUUGCCCCGUCACAAGCACACUCCAGCCCUCUUUCAGCAUUCUUAUUCAUGAUAGCCAUGAGUUUGCCACCUCAACAGAAACCUAACACAAAGAGGACAGGCAAGCGCAUCACUUUCUUUAAUGACCAGGCCGUUGCCAUGAAAGAGGCCUCUCAGCACACAGAGGGUUCCUACUAUGGCCUGGGGGCCCCUCCCUCAGAGCAAAGCCACAGCGAGGCUGGGACUGUGGAAAGCUCAAAUGCAGAGGCACCACACAUGUACCUCAAUUCUGUCAUUUUCAGCCCAGAAAAGGGAAAUCAGAACCGUGGACAUUACCAGCAGACUAUGCCCAUGAAAUGGCCUCACCAGGACCCUGCCCAGCAGCCUCAAGAGAGGCCUGGGGCUUGGUCCCAGGGUGUCACCAUGACAAAUUGGCCUCCAAAUUUUCACACAUACCUGGGAACUCAGGCUGGUUUUGCGAAGCAGAUUCAUGAAGGUGUGGCGAUGCCGCAGCAGCAGCAGUCCUCCAUUAGGAUACCAGAAAAGCAACAGCAGGCAACCAAUGCAGGUGGUGAAUCCUUUAGAGAUGCUCCUAAAACCAACAGGGGUCUGGACUGGGAGCAGCAGCAGCAGCAACAGCAGCAGGUUUUUCAGCAGAGCCACAAGCCUGGAGUCUUAAAUCCCCAGCAACAUGUGACAUCCAACCCUGGGAACACGUCAGUGCUUCAGCCCUUUCAGCUAGCUUUUGGUCAGCCCAAGCAAAACUUGGGUUACUAUCAAGUAUUCCAGGGGAAUAGAACCUUGCCAAAUUUGAACUAUAGUACCCAGACGAAUGCCCAGCAUCAGAUUCAACAGUUGCAGCAAAAGGAGCAACAGCAACAUCUUCAGCAACAGCAGCAGAUCCAGAGACUGAUGCAACAGCAGCAUCAGAUUCAGCAGCAUCUUCAGCUUCAACAACAACUGCAGCUGCAGCAAGCACACCCACCGCAACAAAUACUGCAACAUCAGCAGCAGUCGCAACAGCAAGUGCAGCAGUCGCAACAGCAAGUGCAGCAGUCGCAACAGCAAGUGCAGCAGUCGCAACAGCAAGUGCAGCAGUCACAACAGCAAGUGCAGCAGUCUCAACAAAUGCAACAACAAAUUCAAAUGCAACAGCAAGUACAGCCACUACAGCAAGUGCAGCAGCACCUGCAGCAAGCUGAAAUGCAGAAGCUGAAACAGAAUCAGCAAGUAGUGGAAAAUUACUCCAGUAGUCAACAGCCACAUGCACCCAUGCAGACUGAGCAGCCUCAAAUGACAGAGCAAUCCCAGGAUACACCUGAACCUCUAUCAACUCGGGUACAGGACCUCGACCCCCAGUCUGCAGUUUCUCAGUUAUCCACUGAGACACAGCCUCAACCCAGGCCCCGGAGAUCACGACGCCUCUCCAAAGAGGGAGGUGGACCUUCAGAGAACCCCUUCCUCAUGCCUGUUGACCACCAGAUGCAAGGCUCUCACAAUGGAGCCCCUGAGGCAGGGGAGGCUGCAGCAAAGGAAAGCAUUCGAGCUGCUCCUACAGGGGUCAUCCAGAGCACACGGCGAAAGAGGAGGGUGUCCCAAGAGGUCAACCUUGAGACCCUGGCUCAGAAGGCCUCUGAGAUGGAAUCCCUUCCCUCACACACUGUGAAGGAGCCACACAGGCCCUGGAGUCCCUCUGCGUCAGCUCCUUGUCGAGGAAUAGAGGGCGUGAGUGCCAAACGUGCCCGAGAUGAGAGUCUUGUGCCACUAGUUAUUCCCGUGUCUGUGCCAGUGCGGCGGACUGAUACUUCCCCAGACAAGGAGCAGGCCUCUCUCUCAGCCAGCUGGCCUCUUAGGCCCAAUGACCCCAACCGCCCUGACCACAACCCUUCUGUCAUCGUCACACGCCGCCGCUCACUUCGCAACUCUUUGUCCGAGAGCUCCGGCCAGAAUGGCGGACCAGAUAGUGCUGGCGAUGCUGAAGGCAAAUCGGGCAAGUCGAAGCGCCGGCCUCGUCCUGAGCCCCUCUUCAUCCCGCCACCCAAACAGGGAACCUUCAUUGCCCCAUCCGUUUACUCUAGUAUCACGCCCUACCAGAGCCACUUGCGCUCGCCUGUGCGGCUGGCCGACAACCCUCUCACCAUGCCGCCCUACACCCCUCCCCCCAUCCUCAGCCCUGUGCGAGAGGGCUCAGGCCUCUACUUCUCCACCUUUCUCUCUGCUGCUGCGGCUGCUGCAAGCACCCAGGGCUUACCCCCGCCCGCCACACCCAAAUCAGCCACCCGCAGCCUCCUACGCUCCAACAGUACUGAAAUUACUCCUCCGGUGCUGUCUGCUAUGAGUGAGGCCACUCCUGUCAGCAUUGAGCCGCGGAUAAAUAUUGGGCAGCGGUACCAAGCGGAGGUUCCUGAGCUAAGGGAACGCUCGGCCGCAAAACUCGACCCACACAAGGCAGAGCUGGUGUGGGCGCCUCUGCCAGAGCUGGAGUCCAAAGGCCAGCAGCAGGGGAGAGUGGAUGACCUCAUGCACCUGGCCUGCUCCAGUGCAUUCUUUGGAGGAGGGACCAAUCAGGAGCUGGCCAUGCACUGCCUCUAUGAGUGCAAGGGUGACAUCAUGGGAGCCCUUGCCCUUCUUUUGCUGAAAACCCCCAUCUUUCCCAAAUCUCACCCCCUGGCAAACUACCACUACUCUGGCUCAGAUAGCUGGACGCCUGAGGAGAGACGCUGCUUCAACAAAGGCAUCGCUGAGUACAAGAAAGACUUCUUCAAGGUGCAGAAAAUGGUGAGCUCCAAAACAGUGGCUCAGUGUGUGGAGUUCUACUACACCUAUAAGAAGCAAGUGAAAAUCGGCAAGAACGGCACGCUCAUGUACGGUGAAGCACAGCUUCCUGAAAUGCGGCCCACAGAGGAGGAGGUGGACUAUAAACAGAGUUCACAGAGAUUUGAAUUGCGAAAGGAGGAGGAAGAAGUCAGGAAGUGGGACGGGUCAGGUGACAAGAAGAAAGGGAGCAGCCCUGGCCGUUUGACGGAAUCUGUACAGGCCACUGAAAAUGUGAAUUACAAGACUGGUGCGGUCCUGGUCUUGAGGAAUCAGGAGGAUGGCAGGAGGGAUCAGCCUGUGUUCGGGGUCAGCCACACCAUGGCUGCACCUCCUAAACCUCGCCCAGAGAGCACAGCACGGAAAAGCGGGGGUGGAGCCAAAAGCACCGUGGGACAGGAGGGAGAGUUCCCCUGCAAGAAGUGUGGCAGGAUAUUCUAUAAGGUGAAGAGCCGCAGCGCUCACAUGAAGAGCCACGCGGAGCAGGAAAAGAAGGCAGCAGCUCUGAGGCAGAGGGAGGCUGAGGAGAAGGCAGCAGCGGCAGCCUUGGCAGCCAGCCAGCAGAACGGAGCACGAGGGGAGCAAGUGGGACUGCGGCGGGCCAGUAGUGAGGACUCUUCAGACGAAGAUGAGGAUGCAGACGAUGAAGACUGGCACUAACGAACAUUUACCUUCACCGUGGAGAAUCAGCAGGCACUUUUACAGUCUGAGCUGAUACACCAGAAUGUGUAAAGCGCUGUACAGUUGGAAGGUUCACGCUCUUUUGCUGCCCUCUCAGGUAGGGCUGCACAAUACGUAUGAUGUGGACGAAAUAGCGUAUUUUGAAUUUAUUGCUACAUAUUGCACUUGCAAUGCAUUAAAACAUUGAUGGUUUACAUGACACAGUUA